GACGGCAGAGUAGAAUUAUGUGAGGAGCUUUUUAAAACUCUGAUUCCCCAGGCUUCACCACCAGGGAUUCUGAUUCUAUUGGUCUCGGGUGGAACCUGGACACUGAUAGGUUGAAAAGCUUCCCAGGUGAUUCUAAUGUGCAACCUUGGUUGUCAGACCCCUUGCUACUCCAAGUGUGGUCCUCUGACCGGCAUCAUAGGCGCCAUCUGUCAGCUCGUUAGAAACGUGAAUAUCAGCCCUUACCCCAGACUCACUUAAUCAGAACCUGAAUUUUAACAGAUUCCCAGGUGACUCACAAGCCCUUUAGUGUUUGAUAAGCUUUGGAAAUGGAAACUGAUUAGAGGCAGAAAAGACACGGUAACUGUUUUUGAUGGAGCAGGCCGGUUGAUGGUAAUUGCGAUGGAAGGAGGAGAGAACUCUCUCAGUAGAUUUGAAAAAGUGAGUGACCCUGGCUGUGAACCUCAGAAUGAAUUCUUGUAACAUCUUUGUCCACCCCUACUCUAGAAAUACAGCAGUUGGUUGAUUUCCCCGCUAGGAAGCAGUAUGGUUUAGUGGUUAAGUGUGGGUUCUUGAGCCAGACUUUUUCGGAUUAGCUUUUGGUGAAUUAGCUUUCUAAGCCUCAACUUCCUCAUCUAGAAGAAGGGACAAUAAUUUACUGGCACUGAUAAGUACUCAAUAAAUGUUAGCAGUUAUUAUAAUAACACUGCUUGAAUUACUGUCUUUAAAACUUCUUCAGAGUCAACUUGGUAUGAAUGGACUGUGGUGAGAUUGACCUAGGAUGUUGUAAAUCUGUAAUAAUUCUAAAAGCCUUAGAUUACUUGAAGGCGAGGAAUUUUAAUGAUAGUUUGUUUUAUUUAUAAUUACUUAGCAGUACCACCUCAGCAUAAACAAGCUAACAUUUUCUCGUCAAAAGUAGUAAUAUAAGCUCUUCAGCCUGGGAAAAUAAGAGGGAUUGAAUAGUACUGUUGUGAAACAAAAUCAUAAAAGUUCAUUAUUCACACUCAACACUCAGUUAACGUCUAUUUCAGGAUCCAUCGUAUAAUACUAUAGUCAAGUACAGACUGGUCCUUCCUGUUAGGCUGUGGAGUUCUCAAGUCUUAGUUUUAGGAUUCAGAGAGCCUCUGAUACAGUCACCAGCACUACUGGGCACUUGGUAUUUGCUGAAUGAAGAACUUACAUAUUGAGCAGCUGUUCUAGUCUAGGUACUAAGGUGUAUCCCAAACAAGGGGAAAAUACGAUAACUUCGCAGAUAACUCUAGUACAGAGCCUAGAGAGCAAGACUGGUGAGGGUCAGAGGUCGGGGCUGCUUCCAGCUGGGGUGUCAUGGAGGCCCUUGUGGAAGUGUUGCUUUUUGAGAUGGGCUUUGAAGGAUGAGGUGGAUAUGUGUAAAUUGUUGCCCAGGGGCGGGAGGCUUUCCAAAUAGAGGGAGCCAAACAGGCAGAAUUAGUAGCAGCUGGUUGGAUUUGGAAACCCUGGUGGCUAGUGGUUAAGUGCUACAGCUGCUAACCAAAAACGUCGGUAGUUUGAAUCGACCAGGCACUCCUUGGAAGCUCUAUGGGGCAGUGCUACUCUGUCUUAUAGGGUCGCUAUGAGUCGGAAUCAAUGGCAGCAGGUUUGGUUUGCUUGGAUUUGGUGAGUUGGACAGAGGGAGUUAAGGAUAUUAUUAACCUGUAUGCUUCAUUUUCCAGACCGAACAGGUGCAGUUAUACAUAUAGGUAGCCAUUAUGUAGUUGACUUUUAAAAACUUCCAGAACAUUUUGGGCAUACAAAAAAGUAUGGAAAAUAAUGUGUGUGUAAUAAUAAUAAAAAAAAAUAAUAGAUACUAUAAAUUCAUCAUCCAGUUUAAGAACUAAAACAUUACAGACUAAUCACAGUCUCCUGUGAAUGCCUCCUUGGUCCGCUUCCUGUGUUUCCCUCCCUAAAGGUAACUGUCCUGUUGUUCUUCAUGCCCAUUUAGGUGUGCGUCUGUGAACAGUGUAUUGUUUCACAUUUUUGAAUUGUAUAUAAAUGCUGUCUUCUUGUUUCCUUUUGAAACUUGACUUUUUUUGUUCAAAAGUGAAAUUCAUUUUUGAUUCAUAAAGCCCCAGUUUAUUCAUUUAAUUAUAUUUCUGUAUAGUAAAUAUUAGGAAACCCUGGUGGCGUAGUGGUUAAGUGCUAUGGCUGCUAACCAAAGGGUCGGCAGUUCGAAUCUACCAGGUGCUCCUUGGAAACUCUGUGGGGCAGUUCUACUCUGUCCUGUAGGGUCGCUGUGAGUCGGAAUUGACUCGACGGCACUGGGUUUGGUUUUUUUUUGUGUGUGUGUGUAGUAAAUAUUAUGUGAAUGUGCAAUAACUUAUUCUAUUUUCAAUUGAUGGACAUUUUGGCUAUGUUUUGAAUUUUUGUUAUCUCACUGUGGUGGUGAACCUUUUUAUACAUGGCUACUUGUGCCAAUAUGGGAGAGUUUCUCUAGGCUACAUAUAUACUUAGGGAUAAAAUUGCUGGGUGGAAGAUAGAGUAUAAUUUUCUGGGUGAAUCAGGACAUUCUUGAAAGGGUACAUUUUCUUUGAGUGUAUGCCAUUUUAUCUGCCUUGUGUUUAUAAGGUAAUCUUUAGUUGUCUUACCUCCUGAUCCUUGUAAUAUCCCAACAAAGAUAGCAAGAGCCCAAAGAAAAGGAUUAGAGUAAAACCAGCCUCCUUUCCCUUUAGGGAUACUGAUGCAGACUCUGUUAUCCAUUGGUUAGGUCUGGUGGCUGUCAUUUGUAUCAGCUCGCCCAACUCCUGCUAGCAGUUUUCGCAGGUGCGGUAGUGGCAGUCGUUGCCUGUGUUUGACAGCUGUGAAGGCUGUUUGUCCACCUCUGAGUGUCUGAGGCAAAAUUUGAACAACAGGACAAAUGAAUUGUUUCAGAUUAAAGAUGGCAGAAAAACAGGAAAAAAAAAAAAACAACUAGAAAUCAAAAUAGAAACACAAUUCACAUAAAAUUAAGGAUGAAUUUAACACAGCUGAAUUUUACAAUAAGAUAAAUGAAUUAAAUCUGUUCUGUUAGCUUUUUCAAUCUUUUCUUUUAGGGCCAGAAUUUGUGUGCUCCAGGAAAUCAUAGUCUUUCAAAUAAUGCUUUAUAAACCUUAGUACUGUUAAAGAAAAACAAUACUGAAAUGACUUUCUUUUUUUGAAAGAUGUUGAACCAGCUUUCUUUCUCCUGUAAUCAGCAACAUUUAGUUUGUCUCCAGAUAAACAAAAAGCAGUUGUCCUUGGUCCCUCCCUGAUUUUAUCUCCUUAAACCUAUUGUCAGCUUGUGGUCUGGCUUCUAAAGAGUUAACCCAGAGGUUUAUGAGGUCAUGUGUGACUUCAUUGCAUCUGGACUUUUGAAACAGGUCACUUGGAGGGAAGCUGCCGAUUUAGAGGGGAGGCUGGGUAGAGGGGGAAGUACUCCUUCAACUUCUUUCAAGUUCUCAUCCCUCAGCCCCCGAGGGAUACAGUGGCAUUCUGGGAGAAUGUCACUGUACAGUCAGCGCGUAGCGGUUUGUACUGGCCCCAGAAGCAGUUUCAGAAGUACAUUACAAGAGUGCUUGCAGAAGAUGAAAGUUUGCUGAGCUGAUGGAAUGGGAGAAUGCUCUUUGUUUUCGUAGCAAAGUUAUGGGCAGACCGUUGCUGACAGAGCAAUGCUGGGGUGAAAAAGACACUGCUAGAUGCUCGUUCUGAAAUGGGGAGCACUGAAAUUCUGGAAAAGGAGACCCCAGAAAGUCUCAGUAAUGGUACCAGCAGCAACGUGGAAGCAGCCAAAAGGUUGGCCAAACGCCUUUAUCAACUAGACAGAUUCAAACGGUCGGAUGUUGCGAAGCACCUAGGCAAAAACAACGAAUUUAGCAAACUAGUCGCAGAAGAAUAUCUGAAGUUUUUUGACUUUACAGGAAUGACGCUGGAUCAGUCUCUCAGGUACUUCUUUAAAGCAUUUUCUCUUGUGGGAGAAACUCAAGAACGAGAGAGAGUUUUAGUUCACUUCUCCAAUAGAUAUUUUUAUUGUAACCCAGAUACCAUUACUUCACAAGAUGGAGUCCAUUGUCUCACCUGUGCAAUGAUGCUUCUUAACACCGAUCUACAUGGCCAUAACAUUGGCAAGAAGAUGACCUGCCAAGAGUUCAUUGCAAAUCUCCAAGGAGUAAAUGAGGGUGGUGAUUUUUCCAAGGACCUGCUGAAGGCUCUGUACAACUCAAUCAAGAACGAGAAGCUUGAAUGGGCAGCAGACGACGAAGAAAAAAAAAAAUCUCCCUCAGAAGGUACUGACGAGAAGGCUAAUGGAACACACCCAAAGACCCUCAGUCGCAUUGGGAGUACUACCAAUCCAUUCUUGGACAUUCCUCAUGACCCAAAUGCUACUGUGUAUAAAAGCGGGUUCUUGGCUCGGAAAAUCCACGCAGACAUGGAUGGAAAGAAGACUCCAAGAGGAAAGCGAGGGUGGAAAACCUUUUAUGCCGUGCUGAAGGGAACAGUUCUUUACUUGCAAAAGGAUGAAUAUAAACCGGAAAAGGCCCUGUCUGAGGAGGACUUGAAAAACGCUGUCAGCGUACACCACGCACUGGCGUCCAAAGCUACAGACUACGAGAAGAAGCCGAAUGUGCUCAAACUCAAAACUGCUGACUGGAGGGUCCUGCUUUUUCAAGCCCAGAGUCCGGAGGAGAUGCAAGGAUGGAUAAACAAAAUUAAUUGCGUAGCAGCUGUAUUUUCUGCGCCACCAUUCCCAGCAGCCAUUGGCUCUCAGAAGAAGUUUAGCCGCCCACUUCUACCUGCCACUACGACAAAAUUGUCUCAGGAGGAACAGCUGAAAUCCCAUGAAAGCAAGCUGAAGCAGAUCACCACCGAGCUGGCUGAGCAUCGCUCAUAUCCCCCUGACAAGAAAGUUAAAGCCAAGGAGAUCGAUGAAUACAAACUGAAAGACCACUAUCUGGAGUUCGAGAAAACUCGUUACGAUAUUUAUGUUAGCAUCCUAAAAGAAGGAGGCCAGGAGCUCCUGAGUAACAGUGAAAGUGAGGGAGCUGGACUGAAGAAGUCGCAUUCGAGUCCUUCGCUGAACCCGGAUUCAUCGCCAGUUACUGCCAAGAUCAAGCGUAACGUGUCAGAGAGGAAGGAUCACCGACCGGAAACACCAAGCAUUAAGCAGAAAGUUACUUAGAAUCUACCUGAGGCCAGGAAGUGCUGGUCAUGGAGCAAAAUAGGGUUUUUCAAGAUCUUUCUGGUAAUCUGUGGAUACAUUUAAAAAAAAAGUCUGUGACUAAAUGGUGCAUUAGCAACAUUUUCUAUUGUAUAUUUCUGUUAGUUUCUGUACAGAUUGUCUCUCUCUGCUCUUGAUUUCCUUGCUUUGAUGAUUUUUGCUACUUGAUAACUAAUGCACCUUUUUGUGAGGUGGAGGGCAUUCAUGGUUUCAGAAUGAAUUCCUUAUUCCUUCUCCUUUGGUUUUCUUUUGUUUGCACUCUGCUCAGUUGUUUUACGUGUUCUCAAAUCAGCUGUUACACUUUUUUUUUUUUUAAGUAAAAAAAUUUAAUCCAUUGUGGAAGACAUAACUGGACAAAUUUUGUAGCAUAGUAAAUUCUAGCCAGAGUUAAUAUAAGCCUUUGUGUGUGACAUCGUGCCCAGUCACAGACGUGGAAUUGAGCACUCACAGAAGUUCAACUAAGAAUUAAAAGCCUGGGAACCAAGAUUUCCCAGUGUGACGCGGCUGUGGGUGCAUCUUAGCACUUACCAUCUAGUUCUGACCCUGCUGGAAGGAGGGAAAGGGGCGUGAAGAUUGCAGGGCUGGAGAACUUGGGAAAGGUCAGUAGCUUGCUUGAAGCGCGGAUUCCAUUUUGGCCAAGCAAGGGAAAGAGGAAGUGGAGUCAUUUUGCCACUGAAAGUUGAGGAGAGAUUGGCACCAAGUUACUUUUGUUUUCUCAAGGACCGUGGCAAUAGUCGGCAGUUAGGGACCUGCAGCAGUAGGCACGUGUAUGGUUUACAGGAAAUUGUUACCUCGUUCCCACGGUGUCGAAACUAGAAAUCUGGAAUCAUCUCUCUCCUCCAUACCCUUCCAUCCUGGAAAAGAAGGGAGUGAGAGUAUCAGCCCACUGUGACUUAGAAUUUCCUGAUAGUCAAACCUUGAAAUUCUAUGAUCCUAAAGCUGUCAUCUCCAAAAUGGUACAACUUCAGAACUAAUGGAAUCACUGCGAAUAUUCUUUCCCCUCCUACAGAAAUUUGCUCCAAUUCUAAUCAGUUUCUUAGUGGGAGUUACUCUGACCAAAGAAUCAGCUGCUCUUCGUGAAUAGCAUGGUUCCCAGUGAAUUAGAGAAGAUUUGCUGUAAAACCAUGAUAGUUGCUAAACUGGUAGAGUAUAUUGUUAGGAUGUAGCAGCAAUUAGUUAUAGGAUUAUUUAUUAAUAUUUACUUCCUUCACGUAUAGAUAUGCCCCUGUUUGCUUGGUGCCCAGAGAAGGGUAACUCUUCUCAAGAAGGUUGUAGCUGCUUGCUUUGUGAUAGGCAUUUUGCCAGAACUUUGAAAAAUCCACUCUAGCCCUCUGUCUUAUUUAGGUAGAGGCAAUGAGUAAAUUCAUGUUUCAAAACCAGGAAACAAACAAGGUUGUUACCAGUAUGUCCCAAGUACCUGAUUCAUUUUUAUAACUUCUGACUAAGGUCAGAAGGUUCUGUCUACAGUUUCCAUAGAAAGUCAUCUUUCUUCCUAGAAUCUGAAUUAUCAGCCUGUUUGUUUUCUGCCUACAUAUUUAUCCUAAGCAGAGGGGAGAGAGGUACCUAGGCUAUGUCAUCUAUGAGCUUCAAUAAUUGACAAAAUAUAUAUAUAUAUAGUUAUAUCCAUCCUUGACUGGCUUGAAUGUAUUUGCCCAUAAUGUGUGCGUGUGUCUCUGUAUAUAGAAUAUUUAUGUACAUUUCACUUAUAUAAUAUACAUUAAACGGUACUUUGCUACAGUAUUUCUGACAUUUAGAAUAAUCCUGAAAUACUUGGUUAGCAUCAGCUGCACUACAGCGUUGUUCCUGUCAUAUUACUCACUAACGUAAUCUCCAUGAACUUCUGGAUAUGCUAAUAGAUAAUUUGAAGAGAAAGGCACUUUUGAAGCUGUUGUAAACUUUGUUGGCAUAGUUUAUCUUUAAAAACAACUUCAAAGGUUUUUUAGUGAGUCAGGAUCCCAGAUCGCCCUGGCAUGAUGUUGUUUUACCUUUAGGGCUUGGGCUAAGAUCGGUUUUCCCAUGAUGCCUCUGGAAGGUUACUGUCUAAUGUUAGUGCACUUGGCAGCCACGAGUUUAUCCUAUGUGAGGAAAUGGCCUUCUCUCAUUUGACUAGAUUCUGAGAGUCUGGCCCAUAGCCAGCCACAUUUUCUUCUGUGACAAUUUCUUUUCUGUAGUAUCUAGUCGGAGAAACUGAAGACAUUUCCACUCACAGCUGCUCCAAGCCUGCUGCCUAAUCCACAGUACAGGGGAGUUCUCCUCCUCCUUUCCUUCUGAAAGUACUCCACCCCACAAACCCUUUACCCCUGAGCCAUUCCUCACCCCUACCUCAGUGCCCAGGAGCCUUGGGAUCUCUCGCCAUGUGGUAAAACGUUAUUCCUCUUGACAUAAAUACACUUAAUUUUUAUUAUAGCGAUCUUGAUAUUCAUCACGAUACCUUGGCAGUAGUCUUUUUGCAAAAUUGACCAUAGAAGUGGCCCAUAUAUAAAAUGUUUGAAUGUUCUAGAAUGUGUUCCCCUACCUCGCAUGCUGCCUUUUACAGAGGUGUCAGGAAUGCCUUGUUAGCUAUCAAGCUUCCUUGCUAGUGUUCACGGUCCUUAUUUUAUUGCUAGGUCAUAGGCAUUAUUUCAGGUGGGCUUUUUUUUGUUUUUUUUAAACAUCGUUUUGCUAAUUAAAUGAAGCAAUAUUUCUGUAUAUUUGAAUUAAUCUCUUUUAAGUAAUCUCAGUAAAACCCCAACAUAUGAGAGAGUUCUCUGGUAUGAAUGUAGUUCCUAGGUUAUAUGUAAUCUUUUCUGUUGCUCUUAGGUAGAGAGGCUGGAAAGCAGCUGGGCCAUUUGCCAGACCCUCUGUGCUUCUCAGACUGUUAUUCUAACGCAGAAGAUAAGGACUGUUUCCUAGUCAGAAGUGGCAUUAGAGAAUUAAUUCUGGAUGAGGAAAAUCUGGCUACUUUCUAAGGCCAAGCUAGGGCUAGUCUCUUAGGUUUGUGUUUUACUUUGUGACCAAACCACAGAACUUCUGAGGUUGGGGAAGAAUUUCCAUUCACCCUUUGCUGCCUAAGCACAAUGAACACAGUUUUCUGCUGCCUUUGCCCAUUGCCCCUUUGUCACAUAAACAGCUGGGCAAGAUGUUCUAGGUAAGGCAGGGCCCGCUUUGGCUACACCUUUUCUCUGCCUAUGUACCUAGUCAGACAAUUGGAAGAAAAUCGACUUUAACAAAGUUUCUCCGUUGUCUUAUUGUCAAGACCUUCUUGGGUUUGGUUAGUUGCUGGUGGAAUUUGAAUUUCUUUGGCAUUUUUCCUUAGAGUCAUCAGGUAAGCUUUUUUCAGUCUGAAUUCACAGGAAAUUUCUUAACCAUGUAGUCCAAAUCUCUGUGAUUUUGCUAUUGUGAACCAGUUGAGUUUUCAACAAGUUGGUAGGCAACCUUAACUUUAGCACGGAGCUAACCCCUUUUUAAAUGCCAGAAUUUUUUUCCAGUUGUAAAACUAGCACAAAGUGGAGUUCUAGAACUUGUUAAAAGUGUAGUCUAGCUUAUGAAUAAUAGUGCUAUGUUGGGUUUAAUAGCAUCAGCUUUUCUUACAGAGCAUUCUAAGUGACUCUGGCAGACAGAGGUGAGUCAGCAAGGUAGACAGAUGAGGCUCUGGGCCUACCUUGCUCCAAAGCUUUCUGGCCAUCUCUUCUCCAAGACGAGACUGCUGAUCUGCCCCAGGUCAGCAGAUGUCUUUCCACCGGCCUUUUAACAACUUACAUCAUCAAGUCAUCCAGAGGACUUUAGAGACCAAUGGUUUACCACAAAAUAAUCCCUGACAAAGGACAGAGAGGUGCUUUGUUACUGCUUCUCCUCAGAUUCCUUUUUAUUCUCUCACUCUAAAAGGAAAACUAAAGUCCAAGGUCAAUCUCCUUUUGUACCUACAAAUAUCCAAAACCCAAGUGGGCAGCCUUCUGCUUAGGACAAUAAUUGGCCCAUUGCAUGCAGAGAAAGUGUCUUCAUAGAGAGAAUGUCAGUAAAUACUUGAAUCUGCAUGACAGUUUGUUGACUUGAAUGCAGCAGCAAGAAAAUAUUGCAAGUAAUUGUAUAUACAGUAGGUUUCCUAAAGUCUCUUUGAUGUACCGUUUGUAAUUUCUGUGUAUAUUUGUAGUAGUGCAGGCUCUUGGAGAGUGUUCAUACAGGUGGUAUGUCAGAUAUAAGGAAAAUGCUUUCUGUCACCUGUCAAUGUCGUAUUUGUGGGUAUUUAUAGUUGUAUGUAUGUUGUAUGUAUGUAGAUGCAUCCAUGUGUAGAUUGUAUAUCAGUAUAUGGUACAUGUACCUCAAAAUUAUUUUUGUCUUUAAUAACCAGUGUGAUAUGAAAAGCAAGUAAAAACCUCAUAGGACUGAUUCUUAAUGCAGUUUUAUGAGAGUUAAUGAGAUAUAUAUAUAAUGGUAUUGUUUUAUUAAACUUAAAUCCAGAUGAUAUUUUGAUUAAGGUUCUUUUUAAUAAGAUUUUACCAUCAAAAAUUCAGUCUUUGAGUUUUGGAUCACCAGGGCAAAAAAAUGACUUUGAACUAACUUUGUGAAACUAUUGCAGUGUACUAUCUACCGGUACCAAGGGUGUAUAGCUCAUUGUAAUUUAGGAAAUACAGAAAAAAAGACAAAAAACAGAAAAAGGAGAAAAAAAAAAAAGGGCAGCCUGUGCAGUCUUAAUAAAAGAGCACUUAAAUAUAAGGUAAAACUGACGUUUUUGGGCUUAUUACAAAAUGUGUUGCUUCAAAGUGCACGUUCUUUAUUGUUGUAAUUCGUCCAGGAAAAAUACAUCUUUCAGAAGAAUUAAAUAAAUACCCGUCAUAUAAUUUAAAUAUCCGUGUAUGUUUAACAGUAGAUCAAACCAUGCUCCUAGUGUCAAUUUCUUACCCUUUGGCAUUUAAAAAAUACCACAGAUACUCAAGUAUAUCAGGGCAUCCCAAGAUUGGGUACCGUAUUCUUAGGUUCACAGUUGCACAAAUCAACAGCUAGUGUCACAGAUAAAAGAAUUUUAGGACAGGCUAUGGACCGGAUCAAAACUUUAUUUAAUAUUUUUAUAGUUAGGUCUCUUUUUUCCUGCCUUUCCCCAAAGAAGAGCCACUGGCCUUAGUUGUUUGAGCUUCCUGCUUAUCUUACAGUGUGUAAAUAGAUAACUAGGACUAAAAUUUUGUUAACCAGCAUGUUUGGCGUAUUUAAAGCAGCGACUGAGUGUGUGUGAGUGAGUGGUUGAAUGUACUGUCUUGUGUAAACCCAGUGCCUGGUGGUCUUUGUAUCUGAUUCAGAGGAUUGGAGGUUUGAGGGGUGGAAGACUGAUCUCUCCACUCCAGGCUGUAGUAGUGUGUUGGUAGUUACACUUGAGGUGUUUUGUUUUGUUUUUAAUUAUUUUAUUUUUUAAUUUACAGUCUCAAACUAUUUUUGCAAAUAUAUUGUAUUUCUUAAUUUGUUCUUGACGUGCAGUGGACUGGCUCUGUGACUGAUCAGCAGAGUCUUGGUUCUGCAAGAAUGUGUUUCCUUCUUAGAAUUGUAAUGAUUUACAAAAAAAAAAAAAAAAAAUCCCUUU